CUUAAAAGCACCGACGAGCAUCUACCAGGACAGCGGGUGACCUGAGCCACAGUUCGGGGUGUGAGAAUGUCUCUGUACCGCAACUCGGCAUGGUUCCUGAAAGGACUCACCGAAUUCACGAAGGGGGCUUUCGUGUCUGCAUCUAAAAACUUCGUGGAGAAAGACCUGGAGGUGUCAAUGGCGGGCCGAUCCUUCAUGAUAACCGGAGCGAACAGUGGCAUCGGAAAAGCAGCCGCCAUGGCCAUUGCCAAGAAAGGUGGUACGAUCCACAUGGUUUGCAGGAACAAGGACAAGGCAGAGGAAGCCAAAGCGGAGAUCGUCAAGGAGUCUGGAAACAAAGAAAUCUAUGUGCACAUAUUGGAUCUGUCUGAGACCAAGAAGGUGUGGGAGUUUGCUGAGUCUUUUAAGAAAAAGUACAAAACUCUUAACACUCUGAUCAAUAAUGCUGGCUGUAUGAUGACGAAGAGGGAGGUGAAUGGAGAAGGCUUGGAGAAAAGCUUUGCCAGUAACUCUCUGGCUGUGUACAUUCUCAUCAAGUGCCUCAUUCCUCUGCUGGAGAAGAGCCCUGACCCGAGAGUGAUAACAGUAUCAUCAGGUGGGAUGCUGGUGCAGAAAUUGCGAACAGAAAACCUGCAGUCUGAGAGGGGAGGAUACGACGGCACUAUGGUGUAUGCACAGCACAAGAGGCAGCAGGUUGUGAUGACGGAGCAGAUUGCUAAAGCUCAUCCAAACAUCCACUUCUCUGUGAUGCACCCGGGCUGGGUUGAUACGCCAACCAUUGCGAACACAAUGCCUGAGUUCCACAGCUCGAUGAAAGAGCGUUUGAGGACUCCAGACCAGGGAGCUGAUACGGUCAUUUGGCUCGCUGUGUCAGAGGCUGCUGUCAAGAAUCCCAGCGGGCGUUUUUUUCAGGAUCGUCAGAUGGUGUCUGCUCACCUUCCACUGGCCUGGACGCACAGUUCACAACUGGAAGAUCAGAAAUUCAUGAGCGCCAUGGAAGAGCUCGCCAAGAGCUUUCAGCCUCACUAAACACACUUGCAGUACAAAUAUAGAUUUAGAGCACUAACACACAACAUGUUGAGUUGAAUUGAUGGACAGAUUAGUCUCACCCGUCUAAUGAGUAAAAUCUGUGUGGAUAAACUUACAGUAAACCUCUCAUACCAAACAUUUAGCAUCUAUUUAGCAUUUAUAGAAUAAAUAUUCUCCGAACUCUGAAAGUUUGAAGGUGUGAAAGACAGCCAUGCUCAAUAAAUCCUUAAAUGUGUCUACAUUUUUCUUUCAAAAUUAGUACUCCCUGUCCUGUUUCCUUGUACAUUUCAUUCUCUUCUAUCAUUGGUCAUGGCAGACGUAGGAAUCGUUCUUUUCUGACAGCUCAUUGGUCCCAACACCAUGUGAUCAAUCUCAGCCAAUCACAGUGCGUUUUUACUCUCACUGUGUCAGUGACUCCAAAGAAUCAGGUCAAUCAGGUGGGAACCUGUUCUGACCGGAGUCACCACAGCUGUCAAUCACUCACUCACAGCCAAUCAACUGGUGACAUCCUGAAAACUGGCCGAAAAGGACGCUUCCUGUUUCGGGAGGUAGUGAUUGGACGUUUCUUUGGUUUUUACAGUGUCACCUGAUGUUCAAGAGAAUGAGGAAGUGAUUUAUAAACAUCAGAUUCAUCUGUUCUGACAAUAACAUUUGAUUGCAUUACUGCAUAUACAGAUUGGGUUAUUAAUUAUUAAUGAGAUGACUGUACUUUGACACAUUCGUCAAACAUUAAUAAACAUCUGUGAAGGCAUGUUGAAAUUUAUAUUUUGUUAAAAGACAAUGGUUCCAAUUUUAAGAAAAUUAAGAUUUAUUUUUGCAUUGUGACUUAUUUUAAAAAUAAACUCAUCGUUCUCAUUAGUUUAAUGUAAAAAAAAAAAAAAGGCAAAAUUUAAAUAAAAUAUACAUCAUGGUAA